UGCUUCUUAGGGAAGAACAUCCUUCAGCCUAGACUUACAGGAUGACUCAACAUUUGCCAGGCAGAUGGAAAGGAGGAACAUUCCAAGCUUAAAGACAGUGUCGCCUGUGUAUGACUCUCUGGGGAAGCUUGGGAGCAACACUUUCAAUGGAAACAUGGACAGGCUGGGAUCAUACAUGGAGUGUCUUUCCACCCAUGCUCCCAAGGGGAACUUCCGAGGGCGGUACUGCAAGCUUCAUAUACUGCAGGAUGGGGCUGACUACAGUGUGGGCGUGUGUGUCCCUGAUUCUUGUGCUGAAGAGGAUGUGACUCUGAUGUCUCGGCUGGAUACUUUAAGAUUCAGAAAUACUUCAUUUUUGGCCCCUUCCCUCUUUCUUUUUACAAUAAAUUCUUCCUCCUUGUCUGGUGGGAGUGUGGCCAGAUGUGCUGCUGGAAAGAUCCCCCUGGACACAUUUGCUGCCGUGUGUCUGUUCAUCACCUUGCUGGGUCUCAUCCUCCCUCCGGCUGGAACAGUCUGCGUGGCAGCGAGGGAAUGGGGGUCAGCCUGCAGGACAUCGCGGGAACACGGGGAACCUCUGGCCACUUAGGGGAGUCUGCCAUUGAGAGAGGCGGAGAACAAUGAACAAAGAAGCAGAAUCCCACGGACACACUGCCCGGCACAUCUCCUCCUGUCAGCAGCCUCCAGCAGAGUAAAAA